AUGGCAUCGCCUGCGUGCUGGAACAGGCUACGUACUGUAAUGUUGGCUAUACGAUCAACUAGAGAGAUAUUGAAGAAUCAUCAGAACCAAGUUCAGGAAAAUGGCGACUUAUACUACCUCACAGAAGCCCAUUACUUGGCGAAUGAGAUACGGAAUUUGGAAAUUGUUACAAGUGGAUACCAUAGGUCUGUUGAGCAGUUGAAACGAGCAUGUAUCAGAAAGCGUAUCACUUUGGCGAAAACAAGUGAAGAACUUCUAUUGAAAGCAGCACAAACAGAGCUGAAGAACAGUCUUACGUAUUUGGAUACCGUUUGUGAUUUCCGGAAGUCUGUUUUAGAAACGAGAAGGAAAUAUCUGCAUGCGUAUACACAGCUUAUAAAAGCGAGAAGGAGAUUAUUGACAAUUGAAUGA